UGAUAGUUACCAAACGGAAAUAUUUGAGGAUGCCAGGCACUUUGCUUUGCACGAAGAGCUUGAUGGCCUUACGUUACUAGCACCCGAAAUCAUUGCAAGCAAAAUCUCUUCGCUCUUGUAGCAAAUACCACCGAGUACAAAGGUGCGCCUGGACACCAGCUAGACUAGACUUACCACUGUAGCAUACAAAUAAGCUAUUUCGACACGAACUGCUAAGAAUGAGUCCUCCAGCGAUGAAAUCUCACUCCACCUACUCAGCGUCGCCGAAUUCCGAGGAUAUCGAUUAUUUCCACGUUUCUAAGCCAAAAGAGACUUUGAGUGCUCUCAACAGCAUUCUACCAGAGCCUCAUCACUUCCCGGACAACGCAAUGAGCCAUCAACACGUGUUACUUGUCUGUAUCUCGCAAUGCGUAGAUGCUGGUGCGGAUGUGCUGUCCGUAGUAGCACUGUACGGGCGUGAUAAUAUUUGGAAAGACCGAAAAUGGGACGAAGAUGAAUUUUCAGUGACUGCAAGGGUGGUUGAACCGAGCACGUUGAAAGCUUGGAUAAAAGGAGACGACGGAAGUCUCGAUGGACUUUUCAGCGAUAGCAGAAAAAUAAGGAAAGUCGCUCGGGAACAUGGAAUCUUUUACAACAUGGUUGCGCGCCAAUUUCACGAGGUUGUCGACCUACAAUUCGGCGACGGUCCGCAAGACCGUAGGCUAGAAUCGACGGAACAGGAUGAGCAGGUCUACGUCAUGUUACAGGCGAUCCGUGGUCAUCUUGAUCGGCUUAGGGAGGCGAGUCCGAAGAAUUAUCCGAGGAAGGAAGAUCACCUCAAGGUCCUUAAGACGGAGUUAACGGAAGUUGGAAACUUUAUUAACCUGAAGUCUUGGGGUCAGUCAGGCCUCAAACACCAGUUCUGGUGAGUGCAGAAUUGCGAAGGUAGGUGGGCCAGCGCUGAUAAAAGAAUACAGGAAGUGCGUCGCGACUAGGUAUUGGCCGAACAAGAAAACGAGCGGGGAUCAGAUCAAAGAUAUGUAUGACAGAUUACGCAAGGUCGUCAUUGAAAGCAAGGACGAAGAUGAAGUCGUGUAACA